UCUUAUUCGACUGUGGAGUUGUUCUGGUGUCGUGGAUUUUAAUUGAUAGUGGCAUAUCAGAAUUUUAUAUUUCGAGCAACUUUUAUUUGUCCAGCACUAUUGGGAUUCCCCUGAAAAUAUUUGUGUUUGCUUCUCUCAAUUGUUCGUGUAAUCUAUAGAAAAAGUUGAAGAUUUUUGUUAAAGGCAGAAUUAGAUAAGUCUGGAGGCUGCAGCCAGUAUUUUCUUCUAUCACAUUGGAUUAAAAAUGUGCAAUGUCUAGCAACUCCAAUGCAAAGCAACAGGAAUUGAAGCAUAUCGCUUCAAUUGUUCGCGCAUUAAUCACAUCCACCAAGCCACCGUGUUAUCUAAGAAAUAUUUUACGCGAAUAUAAUGAAGUAGAGAGCAAACAGCUGCCUUAUAAGAGUCUCGGAUAUAAAACAGCACAAGAACUCUUAGAAGAUACGGGAGAAUUUCACUUUAACGGCAAUCGCGGCGGAGGAGAUGUUAUAAUCGCCGCAAAACCCAGUGUAAAAACUGCUCAUAUCACUUCUAUGGUAAGAGGCCAGAAAGCCAGCAAGUCUACACGAAUUGCCCCAGUAAAAGCUGUAAAACAACCCCCUCGAAUGCUAUCGAAUCGUACAAACGGUUUCGGAUUUGGCAGUGGCGCUGGUGAUCGCAACAAUAACAGCAGUAACAAUUUCAACAGCUACAAUAAUCGCAGCAACAAUACUCCAACUGCACAUCAGCAUCAACAACAACAACAACAACAACUUCAACGUCAGCGAUCAAUGGGUAGUAAUAGCCAGCAAAUGGAUUUGCGGGAUAUGCUCAAUUCGAAGAAAAAUCAAAGAAUUCAGCAGCCCCAGUAUCAGACGAAUAGCGAGCAAUCGAAAUUACAAUCGCGAAUUGUUCAAAAUGAAAAUCAGGCACAACAACAACAACAAAGUGGUCCGAGAGCUAUAUUGGGCGCAGCUAAACCUUCCGGACCGAAAGAGGUUCAAAAUCAAACAGCGGAUAUGGAAAUAAAAAAUAGAAACACACCUCCUAAGGCACAACAGCCGCUGUCGCAAAAUUCUACAGCAACAACAACAACAAAUACAACGAGGCGAACACUACAAGUUGUGAUUGAUUCAACAAACCAAAAACCAAAUAUAAACCAAAGUAACCACCAGCAGCAACAAUCACAGGCAGCGCCAAUGGCAAGAUCAACAAAGCCCUUGGUUGUUUAUCAACCAAAUGCUACUGCUAAUCACCAUCCAACUAGUAAUUUAGCUUCCAGGCUGCAACAGAACCAGCAACCAACAUUGCCGCAGCCGCAGCAACAAGCGCAACAUAAGCAACAACAACAACCAGUAAAUGCUCACCAAGUAGUGCAGCCAGGUGAUGCAAUGAAAUCCGGCACGACGGGCAUUCAAAGUAGACUUAAAGUUGUUGCCCCGGAAUUUACACCAAACCAGCACAAACCCUCAUUUCAGCAUUAUAACCCCAAACUCGAUGCUAUUUCUGCUCUCAUUCAGUAUUGCCGUUCUAAGAACUAUUCUGCACCUCGUUUUAAUAGCAUGAAAGGUAAAUUUUCAAAUAGAACCUAUUCAUGCUGUGUCCAUGUCAAUGAUGUCAUAUACUCAACGUAUCCUCACGAAUAUGAGACUGAAUAUCAGGCCAAGGAGGCAUGUGCUAAUACAGCUUUGGCCAAACUCAAAAUGCAAGAGAAGAAACGUCCUAUGCCACCCUGCUCAUUUUCUGGCACCAAAUUAUUGGAUAAGCUGUACACAGAGUUGUUGAAACAUCCCCAUGGUAUAUUUGCCAAGAAUCUGCCAGAAUGGUUUGAAACAACAUUUGAGCAGUCAUUACCUGAAGAUUGGUGGAUCAUGAUACAAGAAUCUAGCCUAUUUACUACAGAGACUGGACUUAGUAAAGUCAUAAUAUUUGCAAAUAAGGAUGCCGAUAGAGAUCUCACACCUCUGGAUGACAAGACAAAAGUCAUACAAAUCGAUCCCAUAUGUCUGCCCUGGUCGGAAGAUUAUUGGUCUAUUUUAGUGACGCAUUGUGCCUCCACCGUUGAAAUAUGGGGACGCCUCUUCGGUGCUGAGUAUUCAGUGCGCUUUACUGCCUUAAUGAAUGACAUCAAUGUCUAUAUGGCAAACAAAAAAGAGCGCCCCGUCUCCAUAACACGCAAGAAUAUAUAUCUGGUCUUUCAAGACGAUUGCUGGAACAGAGUUCGAGUGGAAGAACUGGAUAAAUCGAAAGGUUCUGCUUUGUGUUUCUUCAUAGAUUUCGGAGAUGCCGAUUGGCAGCCUGUUGAUAAGUUAAUGAUUUGUGAAAGUCACUUUCUCAAAUUGCCCGCCCAAGCUGUGCCAUUUUGUUUGUAUGGCCUAGAGGACUUUGAGGGCAAUCCCAAAGCCCGCACAUGUUUGGAAGACCUAUUUGCCAACAAGUCCGUUGUUGGCAAGAUAUUUACCAAAGAAUCUGAAUUUUACGACACAAAUUCAAAGUUUCAUGGUAAAGUUCAGGUUGUUCUCUUUGAUACAUCCACCGCAGAGGAUGUCAAUCUUAACCAAGAGAUUUCCAACAUGAUAUGCCAUCAAUCAUUGACGCCAGAAAUCAAUCCAACAACGGUUAACAACAUUUUUGUGACACAUAUAGGUGACAAUGGUGAUAUCUUUGUGCAAGUCAAGAGCGCUGAACUGAAGUAUAUACAAAGUUUGUUACAACAAACAGUGGAAACACGUUUUAAACGAGAUCAGCACAAAGUUACUUUUGAAGAUCUUAAACGUUCCACUAUGUUUCUUAUAUGUGAUGAUGAAGAUGCCAACGAUGUUAAGUGGUAUCGUGGUGCGUUGGCCGAUGCCAAAAAUCUCAAACCAGACAGUGAUAAAUUCCCCAUGUAUUUCGUUGACCAGGGCAUAACGAAAACGACUGAUAUCUCAAAAAUAUUCCUCUUGGAAAGUUUAAGCUUGGCCUUAAGCAAAUUUCCCGAGCAAGCCAUAAAAGUUCGUAUGCAUAAUAUACCCGAUAUAACAAAAGACAUAGUGGGACGCAUACGUGGACUAUUGCCUAAAGAUUGUGAAGCUUUGGCAAAAAUGGUAGUGGCCGGACCUGUGCCACUUGUAACAAUACACACACGUUUAGAGGGCCCUGGUAUAUUGGUUACCAUUAACGAUGUAAUACGCAAUGAACACGAACUUAUGGGAUGUUCAGAUUUGUUACCAGGAGCCUCUGGUGGGGCAGACAAUAACAGAGACUCUUCGAAAUUCGCUUUAGAUUUUUCGAAAACCACACAAAACAAUGCCAACGCCAUGGGCAAUUUGUCUUCUCCAUCUACUCCCACGUCGAAUGCAUUCAUUGAUAUCACACAACCAUUGUUGACCACAAUGCCUGGAUCACCACAGAAAGUAAGUGAUUUGCCGAAAUUGUGCAAUUACAGCGCUAUACCUGCCAUAGGCGAUUAUUUCGAAGUGCGCAUAACCAUGUCGGCAAAUCCUUCUAAUUUCAUUAUUCAACCUUAUAAGGAUUAUCCUAAUCUAAGGACGCUAAUGAAAGAGCUACAAGUUUUCUGUGAGAACAGUGAUGAAUUCAUUCCAACCGAUAUGGUAGACAUUGGAGAAGCCUAUGCAGCUAAAAAUGCCGAUGGAUUCUUUCACAGAGUUACAGCCGUCAAAAAAUACGGUGACAUGAUUCACGUACGUUUUUGCGACUUUGGUGAUAGCGCCACUUUAGACAGCAGCCAAUUAAAAAUAUUGCCCCUGAAAUUCCGUCAAUUACCCAAAAUGGCUGUUCCAGCUAAGCUUUAUGGCAUUAAAGCUGUCAACGCUGAAUGGACAUUGGAUGACUGUUUAUUCUUCCGUAAAUUAACUGUUGGCCAAACAUUUGUGUCGGUCAUUAAGAACAUUAAAUACGACAAAGACAACUCGCUUCUCUCACCCAUACUCGAACUGGAACUUAUUGACGUCACCACCGACGAAGAUGUAUACGUUCAUCAACUCCUGCUCGAUGAGGAGCGAGCAAUUAAAGAAAAUUAAUUUUAAUUUCAAUUUAAUUCUACACUAACUGCUAGUUCACAAAUGAACGCCAUUUUUUAUACGACGCCUUAGUCUAUCGAUUUACUAUUACGUGUUGAUCGCGUACCAGACGAUUUUCUUAAUUCUUCAAUUUGGAAAACUUUACGAAAAAUUUCAUCACAUUCCGAGUUAAUGUUCAUUUAAAUUCUUUCAUUUCAAAAUGUUUAUCAUACAAUUUGUUUUUGUUUUUUUUAUAACACAUAGGCAUAUAGGUUAUUUAAUUUUAUUAAAUUGUCUUGUUUUUAUUUAAACGAAAAGAAUUAUAUCGAUACUAUUUUAAAUUAACUCCCAACUCAGUUUUUUUUCAUUAUUAUUAUUAUUAUAAUAAUAAUCACCCAUUUGUUAAUAAAAUAUUUAUGUACGAAUACAUAAUUUCGCAAAAAAAAACAAAAAACAACAAAAAAAGAGAAUUAUAGACAUGAAUAGACACUAAUGUUAUUGGAAAAACAUGUACUCUAAAAUAUGCAACAAAUAUAAACAUAACAUUUCAUAAUAAAACCAAAAACACCCUACUUAAAAAGUAAA